GCCGGGUUUUCGAACGCAGCAGUGAGCAGUGCUUGCUUGAACAUGGCGGAGUAUUCGGUUUGAUAUCAGCGUUGUGACGAUCAACGAAUUAUUCAUUUUUAGUGGAAUUUUAAGUGAAAAUGUGAUAACUAUGAAUUAUAAAUUGUAGUGUAGUGUUGUUGUAGUGAAUUGAAUCAUGUGUCGGACAGGGAUGUAUCGCUUUGGAGUCGGUAACUGGAUUUUCUUGUUGGCCUGCAUCCAUUUGUUUACAUGUGCCGAAGGUGGUGACGAUCAGACAGAUGUAGGUGUGCGGCUACUGGUGGAGCCCAGUGAUGCGGUGGCAGGCGCGGGGCAGCGCGUGGUGCUGGGUUGCGCAGCCGCCGCGCCCGCUCGCCUCAGCUGGCGACAUUCCAACGCUGCGCCGCCUACACGCGACCACACGCUCACCACUACUGACUCCUACAGGAAGCAACUGGCGAACGGUUCCCUAGUAAUCGAGAGCAUGUCGUCCGCGCUGGCUGGACAGUACCAGUGCGUUGCGACACGCGAUGGCGUCGGCACUAUCGUCUCCAGGAUAGCGACAGUCUUCUUAGCAGAGUUGCCAGAAGUGGUAGAGACGCUGCGAACGGUGUCUGGUGCGGCGGUGCUGCCGUGCGCGCUGCGGGUACCGGCUCGGUUGGCAGUGCGCGUAUCGCCCGCCACGCCGCCGCCCGACCGCCGCGUCUACGGCAGCAAUGCGCGCACGCAUGCUCAGCCUCCUACACUCAAACUCAAUGUAACGUGGCUAAAGAACGGGUCUCCGGUGCGCAUGGAGUCAGCGCGAGUAUCGCUGAUGCCGAGCGGUGCGCUUGAGCUGGACCCGCUUCGGCCGCACGACGCAGCUCGCUACCGCUGCCGGGUCGCACUUGCGCACGCACCCACACCGCACGUCACUGGUCCAGAGAUCGAGCUGCGUGUGAGCGCGGAGCUGGCGAACGUGGAGACUCCGCCGCGGUUCAUCGCCGUGCCGCAGCCUCUCACCGUCAUUGAAGGUGCGUCGGUGACGUUCGACUGCGCGGCAGUGGGCUACCCCAAGCCCGAGAUGAUCUGGCUAAACAACGGAGUCGCUAUAGAUCUCAAUGACCUGGACUCCCGGUUCUACCUGGUGGGGUCGGGGUCCCUUCGCGUGCAGAGCGCCCGUGCGCUGGACGCGGGUGUCUACACAUGCCGCGCCCACAACCGCAUUGACUCUGCCGACCACUCUACACAGCUCCAAGUCCUGACUGCGCCGCGUGUGAGCCUACCGGGCGGAGGGGUGGCGCGCGCGGCGCCGCGGGGCGAGCUGACACUACGCUGCGAGGUGCGGGGUCGGCCUGCACCCACAGUAUCCUGGCUGAAGGACGGCGAGCCUCUCACGCCUAACAACAGAGACAUCGCGCUACUAGACGGCACGUCGCUGCGUAUCCAGGGCGUGCUGUCAGUGGACGCGGGCAUGUUCCAGUGCGCGGCCACCUCCCCCGCCGGCAGCGCGCUCGCCGCACUCCGCCUUAUCGUCACCUCCCCUGCUGAUGAUACAAUAUCCCGAUCCCAAAAUUCCCAGAUUAAAAAGCCCUUCUCCAAUACCACCCACGACAUAUUCAACACCUUAAUCUCGGGCGAUUCGAAUUCGAACCUAGACCCCACGCCCGAAGAUCUAGAUUACAUCGGCGAGACAUCAUCAGCGUACACCUCGGGUCCGGACGUCGACUACGAUUCCUAUGACUCUGACGGUGACAAUUCCUUUCACGCUGCCGAAGGCCUGGAUCUAGACGAGCUGGGUCAGGGGAACGCGACUAUCGUCUCUGCGCCUAAGGACUUAAAGGCGGUUAUCGUGAAGCAUAGAUUCGUGACCCUCAGCUGGGAAGAGCCGGAGCAAAAGGUUGAAGAUAUAACGGGUUAUGCUGUCGUCUACAAAGUUAAAGGAAGCGAAAGAGAGCGCGUUGCCCGGGGCAGCCCGCAGCGGCACGAGAUGAACGUAGCUUCCCUGCAGCCCAACACCACAUACCAGUUCUCUGUCAUCGCCUUCACACACCACGCCCACUCCCCGCCCACACAGAUCAUAGAAGCGACGACUGCAGAGGAGGAGCUGACGUACGGUCCGCCGCAGGACGUGCGGGUGGAGGCGCUGGGCCCGCACGCCGCGCGAGUCUGGUGGGCCCCGCCCCCACCUGCGCAAGCCCCGCCUCCCACCAGAUACGCCGUCUACUACACUGAUGAGGAGACGGGUCGCGAGCAGGUGCAGUGGGCGGAGGGCACUAUGGCGACGCUGAGCGGGCUGCGCGCGGCGGCCGUGUACCGCGUGCGUGUGGCCGCGGCCGGGGGAGCGCCCGCACCCGAGCUGCGCGCGCGCACGCCGCAGGACGCGCCCGCAGCUCCCCCCGCCAACGUCAGCGCCGUGUCCAGCGGAGCUACGUCAAUCUUAGUCCGAUGGGAGGCGCCGCCGCCGCGCACACACCGCGGCCCACUGACCGGGUACAAGGUGCGGUACCGCGCGGGCCCGCCCUCCGCACGACGCAGGGCGGAGUCCCUCACCACGCCCGCUGACGCACGCCGCGCUGAGCUGCGAGAUCUAGAGACCGGCACCACGUAUCAGGUGCGUGUGUGUGCGAUCAACGCGAACGGUUCAGGUCCGUUCAGUGAGUGGGUGAGCGCGACGACGCAGGCCCGGGAGCGCGGCGAGGCCCGCGUGCCCGCGCCCCCGCCCAAACUCACCACGCGUGCGGGGCGCGACUGGAUCUCUGUGUGGUGGGGCGGCCAGGGCGAGGGCGAGGGCGUGGGGGAGGGCGAAGGGGAUGUGGGAGGGGCGGUGGUGCGCGGCUACUGGCUGGGCUGGGGGCUGGGCGUGCCGGACGAGCGCUCGCACGAGCUGCCCGCACAUCUGCGCUCUUACGUCAUACGCAACCUCGAGUCGAAUUCUGAAUACGUGAUAUCGCUGCGGGCGAGCAACGCGCUGGGGCUGGGGCCGGCGGUGUACGCGACCGUGCGCACCCGACCGGCGCUCUCGCCCGAUGACGAGCCGGACGAUGCAGACGACCCGGACGACCCGGACGAUCCGGACGACCCCGACGAUCCGGACGACGACGACCAACCGCCACUCAUACCUCCUGUCGGACUUAAGGUGAUCAUGUUAAGCGGAACUACAGCUGUAGUUUACUGGACUGAUCCGACACUUCCUAAAGGACAAACGGCGACGGACGGUCGUCGCUACGUGGUGCGGUGGUCGGCGAGCGGCGGCCGCGCGCGCACGUACAACGCUAGCGAUCUCAACUGUAUGCUGGAUGAUCUGCGACCUUACACCACCUAUGAGUUCGCUGUCAAACUUAUCAAAGGAGGUCGUGAGUCAGCAUGGUCGAUGUUGGUGAGCAACACGACGCUGGAGGCGGCGCCCGGGUCUCCGCCGCGUGACCUGCGCGUCUCCCCCGCCGCGCCCCCCGCACGCGCCGCCGACCUCGUCUGGGCGCCGCCACUCAAACCCAACGGAGCCCUCACUGGCUACGUGAUAAUGUACGCGAUCCAGCGGUCCGGGUCAGCGAGCGUGUCGGGCGCGCCGGAGGAGUGGACAGCGGUGGCGGUGCUGGGAGACCGCACGCGCUCCCGCGUGGACCGCCUGCGUCCCCGCACCACUUACAUCUUCAAACUGCAGGCUCGGAACACCAAAGGUCUUGGACCUUUCAGUACGCCGGUUGUCUAUACUACUGCUAUGGAGAGCGGCGAGGGCGGAGGGCUGGCGAGCGCGACGUCAGCCUGGCUGUGGGCCAGUGCCGGCGGAGCCUGCGCUGUGCUGGCGCUGGCAGCCGCACUGGCACUGUCGCUGUGCUGUCGCAGGCACAGCCCGCCGCUGUCCCCCGACACCAGCACGUACCAGAAAGCAUCAGCGUCAGCGGCCAUCAAGCCCCCUGACCUGUGGAUCCACCACGACCAGAUGGAGCUCAAGCACAUGGACAAGAGCCUGCACAGCUCCGCCAGUAAGAUAUCAGCAGGCAGUGUGGACGGUCCCAAUGCCUUGGUGUCAUCAACACUGACGCUGGGGCGGGCACCUGCUGCAGAGUACGAGCCCGCACGCCACGCCCCCCCACACGCCCCGCCCCCCGCCUCACUGGACAGGCGACAUUACGUGCCCACAUAUGUCGAUGCGCGGCGGUCGCCAUCUUGCGGCGGCAGUGACGACACCGCCAUCUUGCGCGCCUCGCCCGCCUCCGCCACCAGCCGGCGCUGCGAGCGCUGCGACUUCAGAGCGAUGACGGGUGUGGGAGUGGGCGUGGGCGUGGGCUGCGCCGCGACCUGCGAGAGGCGGCGCCAUGGCCUGCCUGACCAGAGCACACCGCUGCUGGCGGGCGUGGCGCCACUGGGCUCGCCGCAGUCAUCGCUGGCCUCCCUGCAGCACCCUCACCCCGCCCACCCCCCGCCACCGCCCUGUGGGUCGGGCACGUGUCCGCUGGGCGCGGCGUGCGGGGCGGGGGUGGGGGCGGGCGGGGACGUGUACGCGUGCGCUGCACGAGAGCGCGGUCACUACGUCGCCUACGAGCCGCUCGGACACUACACACAUCGUGACUCUCUGAGCAGCGAGGCGGGCACGUGCCCCCCGGCGGGUGUGGGCGGGGCGAGCCUGGCUGGGGGCGGGUCUCUGCAGCGCCGCGCUCCUUGCUCCGCCCCCAUGCACAGCUUCACACUCUCCGCUGACGGAUCAGAUCAUUCCACACCCUCGCAUUCUAAACCGGGAAGCGUGAGAGAAACAUCUCCUUACAAAAAGAGUGCCAGCUCAUCACCAGGUCACAUACCUAACAGAUUGCAGCUCGGUGGUGGAGUGCCGCACUGCUCCGAGGAGUUGGAGCCGCUGACGCCGUCCAGGUCGACGGAGCGCCUGCACCGGGAGAUGCAGAACCUCGAGGGCCUCAUGAAGGACCUCUCCGCCAUCACACAGCAGCAGUUCCACUGCUAGUGAUGUCACACACUCGUGAUCAAGUCUAUACUAAAAUGAACUUUUAAUAUGAAAUAAGAGUUAAAUAAAGCGAAAUUAUAGUCCGUCAGACUUAUCUGACCCGGUAUAACUGGAAAUAAAUUACAAUAUCUCACUAGCGACCUCCUGCGACAACAUCUUUAGACUACCUGUUUUGUUUACUAUAUUUUCUGACAAAACUAAUCGUGAUGACUCAUCGGGUCAGAUUUGUUUGUCGCACUGUAAUGCUAUCCGCAAAUUAACUGACGAUUUGUUUUAUAAAUACGAUUUAAUAUUAAUAAAUAAUUUGCAGUCAAAAGCGUUAAUAAAUAAUAAAAGCUCAAUUAAAAAAAACAUAACUUUGUCGAAAAUACUUAAUACAUAUGUGUUUUCACUGCCGUCAACAUGUUACACAGUUAUGUCUUUUCAAAGAUAUUUACGAUAUGUUUUUAUACAUGUUUUUGAUAGUGAGAAAUCAUUGUUAUUAAACAACAAAUACUUUAAAACAGGAAAAAA